GAGCCUUAUCCUCUUUCUGACAUUGCUGAUUUUAAGGAAAAUCGUACAAGUUCCUGCUUCAACAAGGAUCCUAUCUAUCGGCGCAUUUUACAAGAUCGAAGACGUCCGCUUCACGAUGUGUUUUUACUUCCCUUAAUUACGCCGUCAAAUCAAGACGAUUAUGAAUUUCGCGGUGAUGAAGAUUUUCUCGAGGAACAGGCUAACCCAUCUCCACGAUCAGAAUCCCGGCAAACGAGCAGGGAUCAGUUUGAUUCUCCAUGUAACAAUCUUGAUCGUCCCGGUAGCGCGCAUUCCGCGUCGCACACUGCUCUUCUUUGUCGUAGAAGAAAGCAGCGACUGCAAAAACUACGUGACGCUAUCAUGUACAUAUUUCCAAAUCGUCGUCCAUUUCUUGCAUUCACGAUGAUGAAAAACUAA